AUGAGUGAAGAGCAAUUAAUGAAGAGAAAAAUUGGUGACCAUAAUGGUUCCGAGACAGGAGAGCCCAAAUCCAAGACAACGAAAGCACACAUUCAGUGUCCAUACUUAGAUACAAUAAACAGGCAUGUGUUGGAUUUUGAUUUUGAGAAACUUUGUUCUAUUUCACUUACAAGAAUCAAUGUGUAUGCUUGCCUUGUAUGUGGAAAAUACUUUCAGGGUAGAGGCACCAAUACUCAUGCCUACACUCAUUCAGUAGCAGAUGGUCACCAUGUGUUCUUAAAUUUACACACACUUAAAUUUUACUGCUUACCGGACAAUUAUGAAGUUAUAGAUUCCUCUCUUAAUGACAUUAAGUAUGUCUUGAACCCAAUCUUCACUCCAGACCAGAUAAAACAAGUAGACUUCAACACCAAAAUGUCUCGGGCCAUUGAUGGCACAAUGUACAUGCCCGGUAUAGUUGGUCUUAAUAACAUUAAGGCUAACGAUUAUUGUAAUGUUAUCUUACAGUGCUUAGCUCAGGUGAGACCACUAAGAAAUUACUUCUUAAGAGAAGAAAACUAUGCCAAUGUCAAGCGACCUCCCGGUGAUUCCUCAUUCCUGCUGGUCCAGAGAUUUGGAGAACUGCUAAGAAAACUUUGGAACCCUCGCGCAUUCAAGGCCCAUGUGUCACCACAUGAAAUGCUACAAGCUGUUGUAUUAUGGUCAAAGAAGAGAUUCCAGUUUAUAAAGCAGAGUGACCCCAUUGACUUUUUGUCUUGGUUCUUGAACUCGCUGCACAUGGCAUUGAACGGUACCAAGAAACCAAACAGUUCAAUCAUUUACAAAUCAUUUUUGGGACAUAUGAGAAUCUAUACCAGAAAAUUACCACCGCCCGACGCUGAUGAUGCAGCCAAAGUGGACCUCACCAGUGAAGAGUAUAAUGAGAUGAUAACAGAAUCUCCUUUCCUCUACCUAACCUGCGAUUUGCCACCCACGCCAUUAUUCACAGAUGAAUUUAGGGAGAAUAUUAUACCCCAAGUUAACCUGUAUCAAUUACUUUCCAAAUUCAAUGGUCAAACAUCAAAAGAAUACAAGACUUACAAAGAGAAUUUUCUGAAGAGAUUUGAAAUAACACAGCUGCCACCUUAUCUCAUACUGUACAUCAAGAGAUUCACAAAGAACACAUUCUUUGUUGAAAAGAAUCCAACGGUUGUUAACUUUCCUGUCAAAAACGUUGACUUUGGAGAUAUAUUGACACCUGAAAUUAAGGCAAAGUACAAAGGCAAGACAACCUACGAGCUCGUUGGAAAUAUAGUGCAUGAUGGUACUCCAGAGAAAGGCACUUACAGAGCACAUGUGUUACAUAAGCCGACACAGCAAUGGUAUGAAAUGCAAGAUCUACAUGUCACUAGUAUUUUACCUCAAAUGAUUACCCUAACUGAAGCGUAUAUUCAAAUAUAUGAAUUGAAAGAUGACUGA